AAAACUUGUAACAUUCUCCAUAAAUGGACUUAAAAGUAGCUGCCCUGGGGGUUCCUUGAGUAUUUGGUGCCUGUGAGUAAAUAGCUCAGGGUCUCCUUCACAGCAGUGCUCCAGGAAGCUGAGCAAACAUUAGUGCUAUUUUACCUAGGAAGAAAUCCAGGUCAGUACCAUGAAUCAGCUUCAAGUCUUCAUUUCNGGCCUCAUACUGCUUCUCCCAGGUGCCGUGGAUUCUUAUGUGGAAGUGGAGGGGGUGGUGGGUCAGCCUGCCACACUUCCGUGUACUUACUCAACAUCUCGUGGAACCACAACGACAUGUUGGGGCCGAGGGCGAUGCCCAUCUUCUGGUUGUCCAACUACUCUCAUUUGGACCAAUGGACAGCGUGUUACCUAUCAGAAGAGCAGUCGAUACAACUUAAAGGGGCACAUUUCAGAAGGAGAUGUGUCCUUGACAAUAGAGAACCCUGUUGAAAUGGACAGUGGUCUGUAUUGUUGUCGAGUGGAGAUUCCUGGAUGGUUUAAUGAUCAGAAAGUGACCUUUUCAUUGCAAGUUAAACCAGAAAUUCCCACAAGUCCUCCAUCAAGACCCACAACUACAAGGCCCACAACUACAGGAAGACCCACGACUAUUUCAACCAGAUCCACACAUGUACCAACAUCAACCAGAGUCUCUACCUCUACUCCUCCAACACCAGCACACACACAGACUUACAAACCAGACUGGAAUAGCACUGUGACAUCCUCAGAGAACACCUGGAAUAAUCAUACUGAAGCAAUCCCUCCAGGGAAGUCACAGAAAAACCCGACUAAGGGCUUCUAUGUUGGCAUCUGCAUCACAGCCCUGCUGCUACUGCUCCUUGUGAGCACUGUGGCCAUCACCAGGUACAUAUUUAUGAAAAGGAAGUCGGCAUCUCUAAGUGUGGUUGCCUUCCAUGUCUCUAAGACUGAAGCUUUGCAGAAUGCAGCGGUUGUGCAUCCCCGAGCUGAAGACAACAUCUACAUUGUUGAAGAUAGACCUUGAGGGGCAGAAUGAUUCCCAGUGGNCCUCUGAGGNGACUUCUGCCUGAGAUUUACAGAGACUGUCACUGAUGUCACAGAGUCACACCCAUUACANCUCCAAGGUUAUUUUCUGUGCUGGUUCUUCCAGCUGCAGCAGAAAGGGUAACCCUCUACUGUGUAUACUCAAAACCCAGAUGAACAUCAUUCUAAUUUUUGUAUCAGCACCUACUCAGUGUCUCUGCUCUCUGCAGAGAUUCUCGCAAACAUGAACAUUUUAGAAGUUUGUGUUUCCUUUAGUCAAUGUAAUCAUUAGUAAUAAAGAAUUCUAUCUUUGUUACUAAAACCAUUGCUGAGAGAGGAACAGGAAUGAAAAAUUGGUGGGAGGGGCCUCCUGAAUUUAGAAGCACUUGAUUGUGUUUUAUCUAUUUUAUUGUAAUCUGAAAUGUUACUUCUACCCUUCCCAAUGGGUAAAAUCAUGGGAGCAUGGAGGUUUUAAUUACCCUCAUAGAUAAAUAAAAGAGAGUCUAUCGCNACCAAUAUAGAUGGUUAUGCUUUCNCAUAGCUCCGAAAAUAUGACACAUUUAUUAUGCGAUUGAUCUCAGGAUAAGGAUAGGUGUUUUGUCAGGUGAGUUUAUCAUGGUGAAUAUGGACCAGCAGACAGCAGUAGAAGAAAAUAAUGAACCAAGGGAUUGAGUUCAUUAGUGCUAAUCUAUCCCACUCCUGUCUUCAUGCCCCUAAGCUUACCUACUGAGCUGAGUUAGAUGCUGGGAGGAGACAGUGCAGACAUAAAAGGGGAAGGAACAUCUACAGGACACAGACUCCCUGCUGAGAGAAGUCCGACUUGCAGGUGUGAUAGAGUGUCCUACAUUUCUGUCGUCAAGCCAUACUUAUAUUAAAAUUUAUUUCAGAAAGACAUAGCAACUUCCUCAAUGGAGCAGUUUGUCAAAAAUCAAUAAAAUAUUUUAUUUUGCUAAGAA